GCUGAAGUCCACACCCCGGACACAUCUUUCAAAAGCCAUCAACACGCGACACCAGUCUGACAUGACUCAGUUGUUGGACUAUUACCACUGACCCUUCCAUGCUGAAACAGAAAAUAUCGUAUGCUGACCAUCAUUGUUGGCUGUAAGGAAUAUCAAGCUGACAGAAAAGCAUGACGGGUGCUUUAAAGGUUGUCCUCCUUCUACUUCAAGGUAGCUUAUGCUUGACGUGGGAAAUCACCAUGCCUCUGAGAAUAGAUGGACUAACGGGAUCCUGUGUGAAGGUCCCCUGCACUUUCAACUUCGACUCAACGUACGAUGUAAAUCUGGAUAAUUCCUGCAAAGCAAUUUGGAAAAGAGGAAGCAUGGCCGGAACAAUUGUGUUUGAUUCCAGCCUCACUGGAGAUCAGGCAAGCGGAAACAUUCUGCAAGGAAACCUCACAGGGAACCUGCAGAACAAGGAGUGCACCACCAUCUUCUACAACAUGCCACCGUCCCAUUCUGACAACUACUACUUCAGGAUUCAGUGUAAUAACGGGCUGAAGUACACCUAUUCAACAGGAGUCCGUAUCACCACUCAAAAUUCACUGGACCAACCUACCAUAACUCCAUCUACACUGGAGGUAGAGGAGGGGGCUCUGGUGACGUUGAACUGCACGGCUGUAGCUCCGUGUCCCAUCCUUCCCCCAGGUCUGACUUGGACCCCCAGGAUAGGUGACAUUGAGGAGAAACAUGAAUCUGAAUCCAUGGUCUCAGUUAUGAACUUCACCUCUUCUUACCUCCACAAUGGACAGAACUUUUCGUGCACCGCUCUCUACAAACGACAAGCUGGCAACACCGACCUUCGGUUGGAAAAGUUUAUGACCCUCCAUGUUCUUUAUCCUCCAACUAACACAUCAGUCAGCUACUCUGCUACAGCAAAAGAGGGCAGCUUGGUGAAUCUGACCUGCAACGGCAAUGCCAAUCCAGCUGUGUACACUUGGUACAAAGUGAAUGGAGGUCAGGUGACCGAUGUGGGUUCGGAGAAAAGAUUUUCAACCACUGUCUCAGAAGUUGACAGACAAUUUUACUGUAAAGUCAGUAACAGAUACGGAACCCAGAACUCAUCCAUCACUCAGAUAGACGUACAAUUUCCUCCCAAGGAAACUACAAUAAUCAUUCAGCCUAAAGGUCCACUUCUGGAGGGCAGCUCUGUUUCUCUGCUUUGUAAAAGCCGGGCCAACCCACCUGUGACCAACUACACCUGGUACAAAGGUGAUGAAGAGGAAAAGGACGCUGGAUCAAGUUUGGUUUUAAACAAUGUCAAACCAAGCAGCAGUGGUGACUACUACUGUGUAGCAAAAAAUGAGCAUGGGGACCAAAAUUCAACACUGAUUCAGCUGGACAUUCAGUAUCUCCCUAAGAACACCUCGGUGUCUGUUGACCCCUCUGGUCCGGUGCAGGACGGCAGCUCUGUAACUCUGACCUGCACAAGCAUCGCCAAUCCAGCAGCAGUGAACUUCACCUGGUUCAGAGCGGCUGGAAGAGAGGAGAAGGUGAUGGGCUCUGAGAGAGACCUCACCUUCAAUGUGACCAAACUCUCAGAAGAUCAGUAUUACUGUGACGCUCUGAAUGUCCACGGACCUGGCACCUCAGAGCGUGUCAGCUUUGACGUCACAUUUCCUCCAGAGAUCCUGUCUUCUUCCCGUUGCAUCAAGAUUUCAUCCAUGAUCCGAUGUUCCUGCUACAGCCAGGGGAACCCGCCUCCCUCCCUGGUUUGGAAGUUGGCCGGAGAGCCUGUCACUCACUCUGCUGCCAUCCCAAUCAGGGAAGAGUCCCUGGGGAACGUGGGCAUGAAGAGUAUCAUCACCCUGUACGAUCUGGACGAAGACACACUCUCUCUAGUCUGCCUCAGCAUCAACUCACUGGGCUCUGACAGUUUUGCGUUUUCGCUUAGCAAAAUUGAGCAAGGCCUCCACGCUUUGUCUUUUGGGAUCGGUUUUCUAGUGGCAGCUCUGGGGAUGCUGCUGGUGUGUGUACCGCUGCUGAUAAUCUACUACCGGAAAGGAAAAGUCAUCUCUUCCUCGGACAAGGGAAAGGCGGAGACAUGCAACCCUGUAGUUACUAAUGCGAUCAACUCUUCAAAAGUGGAUGUGAUUUAUGCUAAUAAAGCUUUUUUGGAAGAGAAAGAAGUAGCUGAGGAGGAACUCCAUUACGUCAAUGUGGACUUUGCUAAACUGCAGGCCCAUUCAAAGGGUAAGCCUGGGGAAGGGGAGAUUAGAGGCCUGGACUCAAAGACGGAGUAUGCUGAGAUCCGUCUGCAGUCCAGAGGAAGCAUCGGAGGAGAUGCAGAGGAAGAAGAGAACGUUUCUGACACUCAAUUGGAACAAGAGAAGACACCUUAGUCUCAUAGACCUUGAGGUGAAAUGUUUAUGGCUGACGUUUAAGGGAAAUGUUAGUGAAACACAGCAAUGUGCGCUUCAAACUGCUACAGGACUUCACCAUACAAGCAGAUCCCCGCUGAGAUAAAACUGCAGAAGCGGUAGUAGAAACUGCUCUGCAUGCAACCUAUUUAAAACGUAGUCACACUUGUUGCUUCAAGUUUAGUUCUGGACUUUUGUAACUGUACCCCUUUUUUUGUGUCCAUAAGAUGCAUAGCAAAAGAAAAUCACUAUAAAAUGAAUACAUACUGUAUAGCAGGUAGUUACCCUGGAAUUUCCUCCUUUGAAAUCAUGACUUUUACUAUAUUUAAUAUUUGAAUGCUAUUUUGUCUUCCUGAUUUUACAUUAAAAACCUUUGCAAUGCGUGAAAGAAGCAGCUGGACAUAGCUUGUCACACUUUAUAGAUUUUUUUUUUCUCCGAAAUACAAAAACAAAGACAUUUUGUUGGCAGUUAUACAACAGCGGAAUUCAAAACCCUUCCCUUCAAAGCCUGUGCUUGGGUUGGCACUGGUCUCUCCUAGACCUACACAUAGCAGUCACUAUGUACUGUAGUAUAUUCCCCUCAAAGUUGCAGGGUUUAAGGGGAAUGGCUUUUGGGGCUGUUCCCUGGCCUUCACAUAGCAGCCAGUUUCACUAGGUCGUACAUUCCCCUCAAAUCCUGUUUAAGGGGAAUGGCCACGUGGCAGCUUCGCCAGGCCCUCAACUUAUCAGACUAACAUCACCAGCGUCAGGCUCUCAGUUCACACAGUUUUGGGGGAUGGGUAUCCAAUCUCCAUGCAGUGUUGGGGGAUAGUUAUCUAAUCAUCACUCAAUGUUCUAUGUAUAUCUGUGGAGUGAUGAGGCACGAGCCUAGACGCCAAACAAAAAUGAUAUGCUUCUUCUAAUAAACAUAUCAAGAAACAAGUGAGUUAUCUGACUGAUAUGGGGCGAAGCCUGCGAGCUAGUUCAGGCAGUCAACUCGCCAAUGAUACAUUAACACGUGACUCGCCUC